GUACUCAUCAACAUAUUCAUCGCCAUAGACACCUUCCACGUCAUCGUGGUCCUUGUCAUACCAACAGAUUCUGUGGUACGAACUGAUGUCUCGAUACUUUUUGAUGCCUAUUGCGGCUGUGAGGUCGAGGUAGCCUUCGUGACCUAUGCGCGCCGCUGCAGACGGUGAUCUGUUCCCUGCCGAGAGCUCAGCUCGACACAUGACAUACCUGACGCCACCAUUCCUGCUCGUUGCCUGCGGCUGCUUGGCCCACUUCCCGAAGCACUUACCAGACAAGGCUGGCCGCAAAGUGCUUGCAAAACUCCCGCCGCGCUUCCGAGCCAGGCGUGAGCCCUUCGUAGCAGAUUGGACACUUGCCGCUUUCUCGCGGCACGCGCUUCUUUUCCGAAGCAGAAGAGUAAUUGAAUGCUUGUUGGCGGUGCGCACAAAUGCCAGGAUAUGCGCGGGUGACUGUGUU